CAAUAAACAUCUUACCCCUAACCCAACAUAUCUGAACUGCCUCCAUCUCUCACUCUCUUUAGCAAUUUUUAUGCACUCCACACUCUCCCAGCCAAUAACUCACGCACACAGUGUUUUUUUUUUCUUUUAUUCUUUGGUCUGGUCUUUGCUUGAAAAACUCAGAGGAUCUUGCCUCACUCUCAUUUCAAACCGUCGGCAAAGUUUCACACAUCUCAGUGCAAGAUCCAAACAUUACCCCAAACACCACCUCAAGCUUGAGUUUGUUGAAGAAGACAAUAAAUUUGAUGUAAGGGAUCAUCACCAAAAGAGAAGGAAGAUAAGACUAUUGAAAGUGCUUACUAUUUACGAAUCAAUGGAAUUGCCACUCACCAUAUCGAAAGUAGGAGCAGAAGGAGCCUCUGUUGAUUCUUCCAGAAAGGAAGAUUCUUUUGUCGUCCUCGGCCAUAGCUCUAGCCAGAAAAACAGAAGCAGUAGUGCUAAUACUUGUUACUACGAAGGAGAACGUCUUACUUGGCUUCUCCAAUCCAUUCAAAGAAAGAUAGAGUUGGUCAGAGCUGAUGCUUCUUUACCUGAGAAGAUAUGGUUCAAGCAACAAUUCUCAAUUGGGGUCAAUGAAGUUACUCGUGUCCUUGAACGCAUGGCCAUGCCUCACAACUCUACCACAAAGAUUCAGCUUCAGGCAUUGCUUGUUGCUUCUGACUCCAACCCCAGAUGGCUUACCAAGCAUCUCCCUAGCCUGGCCUUGUCAAGGAAGGUACCACUAUUCAUUCUCAAAGACAACAAACAAGCUUCCUUGAGAUUAGGUCAACUCGUCCACCUUAAGACUGCUAUUGUUAUUGGAGUUAAGGUACACUUGGCGAGGGCUGGUUGGCUGCUGCAGCUGACUGGUGCAUGCGUGGCGAGCUGAGAUUCGUUGGGCGCUGACAGCUGGGGACCACGCAUGAGGAAGGCUGGCAGGCAGGUCUGGCGCACCACUUGCGCCUGUCUGGAGUGUGGCUCACGCACGCAUGGGAGCCCUUCGAUCAGUCAACGAAGGGUGCGGAUGGGCUGUUGACUGUGACUGAGAGUGGGCUUCAUAAAGGCUGAUCUGAUUUCCUUUUCUAAAAUUAUGCUUUUGACCCAUUUCUUUAAGUUUUUCUUCAUUUUAAUCCCAA